AUGACAACUGCCAGACGCAGCAAGGCAAUGCCAACGGAUGGCCCAACGGCCAAGUUCCUCUACACGAUCAUCAAACAGCUAGACUUGAAAUCGAUUGACUGGAACCUCGUUGCAUCGCAGCUUGAAAUCUCCAACGGGCAUGCUGCUCGAAUGCGAUAUUCGCGCUUCCGACAGCAGAUGGAAGGAACCACGUCUACACCACGAACGUCUCGUCCCAAGAAGACUCCCACAAAAGCCGGCAAAGGAGCUACCAGCAAAACUGAUCUCUUGAAGAAAGUCAGCUCUCCCCAGCCACCAGUGAAACAAGAAAACCCCGGCCCUGCCUACCAGCUGAGCUCCUACAUCAAGUCUGAUCCGUACUCUCAAGAGAUCCUUAACCUGGCUAAUAUACCUCAUGUUUCGACUCAAAUGAUGACUUCACAGCCAGUGCAACCGCAGAUGGUACCAUAUCCUCCACUGACCAUGGCCCCGGGCGCCUUGACAAUGUAUGCGCCUGUUCCUACAUUUCCACCAUCACCGCCCCUGGCGUACCAUCAACAGCCUGGCCUUAACACCUGGGCCCCGAUCAAGGCUGAACCUCAAUCUCAGCCAGGGUCACCAGCGGGAAACAAAGUGAUUGAUGUUCCCGUAAAGGCAGAGCCGGCGCAAGAGCAAUAA